AUGCUGCGCCGCGAGCCAACACGGCUCGACGUCAAGGACGGCUUGGCCGACGAGUACGAAGCGUACCGCGACAAGCUGAUCGAAGCCCGCGCCCGCCGAGACGAGGCCGCGCGCAAGCCGCCGCCUGGGACGUCGGCGGAAGAGCACUACGUGGCGCGCGCCAAGGCCGAGCGCGAAGCCCGCCUUGGAAGCCUUUAG